AUGUCAUCACCAAGCGACGAUCCAAAUGAUAUUUUCGCCUACAUCGGCAAAAAGCUGUAUUUAAGCACUGAACUGGCCGAUGUGCACUUUGUGUUCAAGCCCAAAAACGAGCCGAUCGUUCGAGUUCCGGCGCAUAAAACUUUGUUGGCCGCUGCCAGCAAUGUAUUUGCCACAAUGUUCAACGGGUCGUGGAAGGAGAAGAAUGAAGUGCUAAUUGUGGACGUGUCAGCCGCCGUGUUUGAGGAAUUUCUUCAGUUUUUUUACUUGGAUCGUGUGCAAUUGACCAAGGAAAAUGCUGGCAAAGUCAUGAACCUCGGCAAUAUGUACGAUAUGGGCACAUGUAUGACGGUGUGUGAGAAAUUCAUGAAAAGACACCUCGACGAAGAAAAUGUGUGCGAGUACUACGGUUUGGGUAUUCUACUCGAUCGACCAGGCCUCACGAGCGCAUGUGAAGACAUAAUCGGCGCUGAAACAAUGGCAGUAUUGAAAUCGGCCAGCUUCCAAAAUUGCGACAAGAAAACAAUGGAUGCCAUUUUGAAACUCGAUUGGCUAUCAUGCUCUGAAAUUGAACUAUUCGAAGUUAUGUCGUGGGUUAAAACGGCGAGCAAAAAGGAAAUUUUGACCAAGCGAAUUGUACAAUCUCGUCUCGGCAAAUCUUUCCAAGAUUUUCGAUUUGGAUCGAUGACAUUAAACGAAUAUGCCACUCUCAUUCCAUCGUAUGGAAAAACAUUUUCAUUCGACGAACAACAGGACAUCAUUCAAAUGAUUGCGGACGAGGAUUUCGAGUCAAAGAUGUUUGAUGGAAAUCGAGAAAAACGCUGUGAAAUGGAUCCAUGGGACAUGAGAGAAUUGGUUGAGUGUGAUCGAUUCCGUUCGUGCGAUGAAGAACCAUACUUCGUUCAAAAUUUGGAAACAACCACAUUCUCGAUCAAUGAAGCGGCUUUUUUAAGUGGAUUCUCAACCGUCCGUUUAUACGAAUACGCUCACUCUCAUUUUUACAAAGAAAAGUAUUAUCUCUCAGCAAACAUAACGAUCGUCAGAAUUUCAAUUGCAACGGACCCAUCCAGCGACGAAGAUGUUGUUUUAUACAAAGAAAAAGAAACACUGUAUUCACGUCCAUCGCAAGUAUGGUUGACAAAUCCAAUUUUUAUCAAACCAUCAUUCAAGUACGAAAUUCGAUUGAAGCUAAAACCACCCAAAAAUUGUGCUUCUGAUAGCUUGUUGAAGUCCAAAGUUCGAACUGAUUUCGACUUCAUCCUACAAUUUCAUGGUGAUGAAGAUGAUCAAGAUGUGAGCAGAGGUCUGAUCUCACAACUGAACUUCUACCGAAUUUGA